AUGGCCGCGCUGCCGGGCUCGUCUCUGCAUAUCCUGAGUGAUUCGCCGGUGGUGCCCUCCGUCACCCCGCUGAAGAACAUCCGCGCACUCGGCCGCCGCCACCGGAGCAGGGCUGGCAGAUGCCCCGCCGCCGAGCGAUCCGGGCGAAAAGUGGUCAGCGUGGAGAACAAGUUCUUCGGUGAGAGGCUGCGCGCCAAGGAGCGGUCUCACCAAUGGAGGUCCGCAGGUCCGGGGCAUUACCCGAAGUUCAGAGUCGUCGGACCGUCCAUGUCCUUCUCUCAGGUUCCAGAGAAGAACCUGGGCCUCUACAAUCCGUCUCUCGACAAGGAUGCUUGCGGGGUUGGGUUCGUGGCGGAGCUUUCUGGCGAAUAUAGCCGAAAGACGGUUAGUAUCACUCUUCUAAUGGCUACAUUUCUGGCAGAAGUUUCUCGUUGCAAAUAUUUUACUUUGAGACCUGUCGUUAUCCCAGUCGUUCCUUGCAAGUUUAAACGAGUGAUUCUGAUCUUACAGGUCACGGACGCAGUGGAGAUGUUGGUGCGUAUGGCUCAUCGUGGUGCCUGUGGGUGUGAAACAAACACCGGUGAUGGAGCCGGCAUCCUUGUAGCUCUCCCUCACGGGUUUUUCGCGGAGGUUUGUCCCCGCUAGGAUGGGUUGAUGUGCCUUGAAUUUUCGUUGCCGUCUUGCUCCAGUCUGUUUCCUUUGUGAAAUCUUCGUCGAGUAUUUAAAUAUUAUAUCUGGUGCUUGGUCUUUAUUCGUAACUUCCACUCUUGUAGACGACCAAGGAUCUGGGAUUCGAGUUACCUCCAGCUGGUGAGUACGCUGUAGGCAUGUUUUUCCUGCCAACUUCUGAAAGUCGCCGAGAAGAGAGCAAGACUGUAUUUGCAAAGGUAAAAUUUAGAUCCGACGCAUCCUUUUUCACUCGGGAGGAGGGGGAGAGUUGUGAUAUUUCUCGGGUUCAUGCCGUAGGAAUUGAGUCUCAACUUCCUUAAAUGGUUUUGAUGUGAUGGAUGUCAUCUUUUCAGUAUAUCUAACAAAAAAUCUACUCACGUAUUUCUCUUAACAGUCAGCUUGACAAUUCUAACUUCUUUCUAUUUAGCAGUCAGCUUGCCUUUCGUCUAUUCUCUUUGCAGAAGUAUCGAUCCUUAAUCUCUAAGUCAUUAUAUUGAUAUAUUUGGAUGCUGAAUACGGCGUCAAUUCUUUAUGAAUAAAAAGAACGUGGCGAAAUUCGUCCUUCAAAAAUAAGUUGACGGAGGCUUUGUCAUGCCUCCACCGUAACAUUCAACUUGGUAUACUUGGUCUUUGGUAUUUGGUUCUUCAGGGAACGUUACUGCUGCUGUUUCCCUAUCUAGUAUUCUGCGACCGAUUUUGGAUUAGAAAAUCAUCACGGAAAAUAAAAAUAACAUGAAAAAUAAGAUUCGUUAAUAUGACAUUUUUUUGUGAAAAUGGUUGGUGUGCUAGUAUUACUUUAAGAAGUGGACGGGAAUGGAUAAAACUGAAAUUUUAAGACAAAAAACUUGGAUUUGAUGUGGUUGGAGUCUGUAACUUGGUCGAAAAUGUCAUUCUUAUUCCUUAAUUAUCUUAUGAAUAGUAAUAUCAUUUCUAUGUUUAGGUUGCAGAGUCGUUGGGGCAUGUUGUCCUUGGAUGGCGUUCUGUCCCGACCAAUAAUUCUGGCUUGGGGAAAUCUGCUGUUCAGACUGAGCCUAUCAUUGAGCAAGUCUUUCUCACUCCAAGUCCAAGAUCCAAUAUUGACAUUGAGCAACAGGUAGUUAAUUGUCCCUGCAUUUUUCGUGACUUCUUUUACGUUCGAGUUGUUUCUCAUGUUUGUGUACUUGUGGCCAUUGAUUCCUCCUGCGAGCGAAGAUGUACAUACUAAGGAGAGUAUCUAUGGUUGCUAUCCGAGCUGCCUUAAACAUGCAGUAUGGUGGAGUGAAGGACUUUUACAUAUGCUCUCUGUCCUCAAGGUGCUAUAUUUAUUGAAAGCAGUCUGGCUUCUCUGGAAUAUUAUUGGUUGAAUUAUGUUAAAAGCAUGUCGAUCUUAUUUUCUCUUUGAUUGUUAGGACAAUUGUUUACAAAGGCCAGCUGAGGCCUGAUCAAUUGAAGGACUAUUAUUAUGCAGACGUUGGAAAUGAAAAGUUUACAAGUUACAUGGCCCUGGUAAAUCCUUUCACAUCUUUUCAAUCUUCUUUGUUUAGAAAGUUAGUAAUUAGCAAUAACUGUGAGCAUGCGAACCCGCUGGCAGCAGAGUGGAUAUAAGGCCUAGGAACAUCUUAUGCUAGAUUCUGAAUGAUUUUUUCUUGAGUCAUGGUGCUGUGAUUUCCAUUUCCAUAUCAGGUAGUGGAUGGAAAAAGCCAUUGACAUUUUAUUCUGAGGAAGAAUCCUGAUGCAGCUCGCAGUUAAGUUAGUGAGGGUGAGAAUUUCCAUGUGGAGGUGGAAGGAAAAAUAUUUCAUCGAUGUGUAUCAGAUUUCCCUUGAUAUAUUAUCUCUCUGAAAUGUAUAAUUUUUUUUUGUGAGUUUGAUGUCUCAUAAACAUGCUGGGACUCAAAUUAUCUGUUCGUUUUAAUGAUUCAUUGGGAUUAUUAGGUUUGCUGCUUGAUAUGUUGAUCUGAUUUUGUAGAUCCAUUCUCGUUUCUCCACAAACACGUUUCCUAGCUGGGAUAGGGCACAACCCAUGCGCGUUUUGGGUCACAAUGGAGAAAUAAAUACACUCCGAGGAAAUAAGAACUGGUAACUCCUUCCUUGCAUACUUAAAAUUAAGUGCUCUCCUAUCUUUCGGAAUCAGUCUGUAGUUGCGGUUUUAAGAUUCUGCCUUAUCAGGAUGAAGGCACGUGAAGGUCUCCUGAAGUGCAAACAAUUGAGUCUGACCAAGAAUGAGCUGAAAAAGCUUCUACCUAUAGUUGAUGCCAGCUCAUCUGAUUCAGGUGUUAUCUAGCUCAAAUAAAUUAUCUUUUCAGCAUUCAAGUAAAUUCCUCAUUUUAAAGGUGUUAAAGGUGGUGAUGUAGUUUUUGUAUCAGAGUCUUACAAUGAGUGCAUUGUGGUUGCCAACAGGAGCAUUUGAUGGUGUCCUAGAGCUUUUAAUUCGGUCUGGACGGAGUCUUCCUGAGGCUGUCAUGAUGAUGAUACCUGAAGCAUGGCAGAAUGAUAAAAACAUGGAUCCUGAAAGAAAGGCUCUAUACGAGUAUUUUUCAGCUUUGAUGGAGCCAUGGGAUGGACCGGCGCUAAUAUCAUGUAUGCCAUUAGGCGUUCCUUUUUCUUAUUUAUUUUGAACUUCAUUGUGAGCUACUGUGUUUUAUUCUCGAUUUUGGAAAUUGUUUGCAGUUACUGAUGGUCGCUACCUGGGAGCUACACUGGAUCGCAAUGGUUUACGUCCUGGACGCUUCUACAUCACACAUAGUGGCCGUGUCAUUAUGGCCAGUGAAGUUGGUGUGGUAGACAUCCCACCAGAAGAUGUGUCCAAAAAAGGAAGACUGAAUCCCGGAAUGAUGCUAUUGGUGGAUUUUGAGCACCACACUGUUGUUGAUGAUGAAGCUCUGAAGAAACAGUAUUCACAGGCAAGGCCUUAUGGUGAAUGGCUCCAAAGACAGAAAAUGUGUCUUGAUGAUGUUGUCAGUUCUGUUCCGGAGACUGAUAGACUUUUGCCACCUAUCUCUGGAGCGGUGCAAGUAAGUUAAAAAAAGCCUUAUUUCCUGAUCAUAGUAUGCUGGGAAAUGCUUCAUCAUGUCUUUAUUUUCUCAGUUAUCAAUACAUUUUCUUAAUAUUGUUUUCUUAGGCUGAUAACCUUGAUGAUAGCAUGGAAAACGUUGGCAUCCAUGGUCUGUUGCAACCAUUGAAGGCGUUUGGGUAAGUAAACGUGUAUUUUUGGUCUAAUUAGAAGUACAUUCCCUUAUUUUACCAGAACUGAAAUGAUCCAUAUUCUUACGUGUAGAUAUACUGUGGAGGCCUUAGAGAUGUUGUUGGUCCCCAUGGCAAAGGAUGCAACUGAGGCUCUUGGGUCUAUGGGAAAUGAUACACCCCUGGCUGUGAUGUCAGACCGAGCAAAGAUACCUUCUGAGUAUUUUAAACAGAUGUUUGCACAGGUCACAAACCCACCAAUCGAUCCGAUCCGAGAAAAAAUUGUCACCUCUAUGGAAUGCAUGAUUGGCCCAGAAGGGGAUCUGACAGAAACAACUGAAGAGCAAUGCCAUCGCCUAGCCUUGAAAGGUCCUUUACUUUCUAUUGGUGAAAUGGAAGCUAUAAAGAAGAUGAAUUUCCAAGGCUGGCGCAGCAAGGUUCUGGACAUCACCUACCCCAAGAAUCUUGGUCGUAAAGGUUUAGAAGAAACAUUGGAUAGGAUCUGUUCUGAAGCUCGUGCUGCAAUUCGUGAGGGUUACACAUUGUUGGUAUUAUCCGACAGAGGUAAUAAUUUAUGCACUCUUGAUUGAUUCCUCUCGUUUUGCAUAUCUCAUUAGAAUGCCAACAGAGGUCUGUCUAUUCUCUAAUUCACCCGACCCGAUAGUACCCGUUUUAGCUACCUUUUUUGUGCUUUUAUUUAUUGAUUCUCACAUACUUUCCCUCGGGAGAAAGUCUUGUUACACAUACUUGUUCACUCUUUCCUCUUAUUUAUCUACAAUAAAGUGUUUCUGCACUGUUUAUAAUAUGCUGCACGUGCAGAAUGGUUCUUCGAAUGCACUUCAUGCAUGUUAGACCUCCAUGUACGACAUGUGUUUGAAAUUGUUUCGUCCAGCAAUAGAGAAAUCAUAUAGCUGAAAUUCGGUGGUAUAUAGAGAAACCGUAUUUUAUACAUGUUUUAUUUCUCUUGCCCUGAAAUUCGGUUGUAUAUAGAAAAAUCGUAUUUAAUACACGGGUGAUUUCUCUUGUCCUGAAAUUCGGUGGUAGUAUCUUUAUGAGCGUAAUACCUGUACAGAUGAGGAUGACUUUGAGAUCAUGAAAAUGUCAGAUAUCACAUUGACUCAAAUUUCAUUAGGCUAAAUCAGUUGUCGUCUAGGCUUCGUGCCCUUUAUAAUAUUGUAUAAUUCCUGUUUCCAUUCAGCCUUACAUGUAUAAGUAAUUAGGAAAGGUUUCUGUUUCGUGAUCUGUGAAGUUGUUUCCUUGAAAUUAUUGGAUAGAUCAUUUAUCAUGAUAUAAAUGCGAUACUACCGUAGGACAUUUCAUUAGAGUAGGUACUCCAUAAUUUACUUCAUGGAAUGAAUCAUUUAUUGAGGUACCACGAAUCUCGACUCAAAAUCCUAUUCUUCAGGUCCUCAGAUUCUCAAUUUAUGAUCUGUAGGUUUCUCAUCUGAGCGUGUUGGAGUCAGCUCUCUUUUAGCAGUUGGGGCAGUUCACCAGCAUUUAGUUUCAAAGCUGGAACGUACACGAAUUGGAUUAAUCGUGGAGUCUGCAGAGCCACGUGAAGUCCAUAAUUUUUGUACACUGGUGGGUUACGGUGCUGAUGCCAUAUGUCCUUAUUUGGCCGUAGAAGCCAUUUGGCGCCUACAGAUUGAUGGGAAGAUUCCUCCAAAGGCAAACGGGGAAAUUCAUUCACGUGAGGAACUUGUCCAAAGGUACUUCAAGGCGAGCAAUGAUGGAAUGAUGAAAGUUCUUGCUAAGAUGGGGAUAUCUACUCUAGCUUCGUACAAAGGUGCACAGAUUUUUGAAGCCCUUGGUCUUUCUUCUGAGGUGAUUGAAAAGUGCUUCAAUGGCACACCUAGCAGAGUUGAAGGCGCAACUUUUGAGAUUCUUGCUAGGGAUGCACUCCGUCUUCAUGAGUUAGCUUUCCCAAGCCGGGCUUUGCCUCCAGGGAGUGCAGAAGCUGUUGCACUGCCCAACCCUGGAGACUAUCAUUGGAGAAAAGGUGGUGAAAUUCAUCUUAAUGAUCCCCUUGCCAUUGCAAAGCUCCAAGAGGCUGCAAGAGCAAACAGUGUGGCAGCAUACAAAGAGUACUCAAGACGUGUGCAGGAGUUGAACAAGUCAUGCAAUCUUAGAGGCAUGCUGAAGUUUAAAGAUAUUCCUGGAAAAAUCAAUUUGGAUGAGGUGGAACCAGCGAGUGAGAUUGUGAAACGCUUUUGCACUGGGGCCAUGAGUUAUGGUUCAAUAUCACUCGAAGCGCAUACAACACUGGCAAUAGCAAUGAAUAAACUUGGAGGGAAAUCGAAUACCGGUACGAAUCUUAACGAUUUACCUGUCCUAUUGUUAUUUUCUUCCAUGUGUCCGAACUGCAUAUUUUUCAUUCCUUUGGAGUCAUUGUUUCUUUUCUUUACUAUAUCUAAGUUCGAAGGUUGAGAUAAUUUUUUUGCCUGUGGUUUUAAGUUGAGAGGAACGUCCUAUCCCCUGGAAUGAGUGUCAAUUUGAAAAGUGAUUGUCCUUAAUUAUAGGCAUGAAUUAAAAACUAUACGGAUUUUUUUUCUUGCGUUUGGCUGUUUAAAGCGUUCUUUUACGAUGCGGGAUGUCAUAUAAAUUUAGAUGCUUAUUUCGGAUGAAACCCCUUCUUUUUUCUUUAGCAUUGCUGGAUAUUUACAUUUUUUCUGCAUUUAGUCUUAUGACAGUAUUUAUUACUCAUCUAUUACAUUUAUUCAUUGAUUCUGUCAACAUUAUGUUUUGCAUGAAUAAAAUGUCUAGACUCAAAUUUUGGCUUUAUAGCUUCUCUGAGACUCUUUUUCGAACUACUAAGGUGAGGGAGGGGAGAAUCCUUCCCGUUUGGUGCCCCUUCCCGAUGGCUCAAUGAAUCCAAAGAGAAGUGCAAUCAAGCAGGUUGCGAGCGGACGGUUUGGAGUUACGAGUUAUUAUCUCACCAAUGCUGACGAACUCCAGAUAAAGAUGGCUCAGGUAAUAAUCGGAUACUUAAUUUUUUUCCUCGCUCAAUUUUUCUGUCUAGGCACGCCAUUGGAACCUCUGCUUCCUAUUUACGUCCUGCAUUCGUAUUGGAGCAGACGUUCCUUUUGUUUAUGAAUUUAUGUUCAUGACAGAUGUGGCUGAGUCUACAAAGCACCAUGUGUGUCUUUGUAUAAAUGAUGCGUACCUAUUGAAAUUUGGUGAGGUUAGAUGUGGUUGGAAUUUAAGUUUUCUGAAUGCAUAUGAUGUUUCCUAAAGCUUUUCUGUUCAUUUGUCGAAUAGGGAGCAAAACCGGGAGAAGGAGGCGAGCUACCUGGCCACAAGGUUGUUGGUGACAUUGCUGUCACAAGAAAUUCCACUGCUGGAGUCGGACUCAUCAGCCCUCCUCCCCAUCAUGACAUUUAUUCGAUUGAAGACCUUGCCCAACUUAUUCACGAUCUUAAGGUAAGAAGUGUGGCAUCCUUUUUUUUUCUUUUUAUCAAUUUUUUUGCUUGAGGAUACGAAUAUAACGUGAUUACACGGCGUUUUAUGUGCUUCUAAUGCCUAAUAUUUUUUUGUUUGACAGAAUUCCAACCCAGGUGCACGAAUCAGUGUCAAACUGGUAUCUGAGGCAGGGGUUGGAGUAAUCGCUAGUGGUGUUGUGAAAGGGCAUGCAGACCAUGUUUUGAUCUCAGGACAUGAUGGAGGCACUGGGGCUUCUCGGUGGACAGGUAUCAAGAAUGCAGGUCUUCCAUGGGAACUUGGGCUGGCUGAGACCCAUCAAACCCUUGUUGCAAAUGAUCUUCGCGGUAGAACGGUUCUUCAAACGGAUGGUCAGUUGAAAACUGGAAAAGAUGUUGCGAUUGCAGCUUUACUUGGAGCUGAGGAGUUCGGAUUCAGUACUGCGCCCCUCAUAACUCUUGGAUGCAUUAUGAUGCGCAAAUGUCACAAGAACACCUGCCCCGUCGGCAUUGCUACUCAGGAUCCUGUUCUUCGGGAAAAAUUUGCUGGAGAACCUGAGCAUGUUCUAAAUUUCUUUUUUAUGCUAGCUGAAGAGGUCCGUGAGAUCAUGGCCCAGCUGGGAUUUCGAACCCUCAUUGAAAUGGUUGGUCGUUCAGACAUGCUAGAAAUUGAUAAGGAAGUAGUCAAUAGCAAUGAAAAAUUGGAAAAUAUCGACCUCUCACUCCUACUCAAGCCUGCUGCUGAGAUUCGACCAGAAGCAGCUCAAUAUUGCAUACAGAAACAGGACCAUGGUCUGGACAUGGCUUUGGACAACAAACUGAUCGUUUUAUCUAAAGCUGCUAUAGAGAAGGGGCUCCCUGUAUUCAUUGAUGUGCCUGUGCAGAAUGUGAAUCGUGCUGUGGGAACGAUGCUUAGCCAUGAAGUAACAAAGCGGUACCAUAUGGACGGACUCCCAUCAGAUAGCAUCCACAUUAAAUUGAGCGGAAGUGCUGGACAAAGUCUUGGGGCUUUCCUGUGUCCUGGAAUUACUCUUGAACUCGAGGGAGAUAGCAAUGACUAUGUUGGAAAAGGGCUUUCUGGUGGCAAGGUCAUCGUUUAUCCUCCUAGAAAAAGUAAUUUUGAUCCUAAAGAAAACAUUGUCAUUGGUAACGUUGCACUCUAUGGAGCGACCAAGGGGGAGGCAUAUUUCAAUGGAAUGGCUGCUGAGAGGUUCUGCGUUCGAAAUUCGGGUGCAAAGGCGGUUGUGGAGGGUGUCGGGGAUCAUGGUUGCGAAUACAUGACGGGUGGUCUUGUAGUUGUCCUUGGGAAGACGGGUAGGAAUUUCGCUGCUGGUAUGAGUGGUGGAAUCGCCUAUGUUCUUGAUGCAGAGAAUACAUUCAAAACUAGAUGUAAUCUAGAACUAGUUGAUCUUGACAAAGUUGAAGAUGAAGAUGAUAUAACUACCUUGCGCAUGAUGAUACAGCAACAUCAGCGACAUACUCGGAGUGAGUUAGCCAAGGAAGUUCUUGCCAACUUUGACGAUCUUCUUCCUAAGUUUGUGAAAGUGUUUCCUCGCGAUUACAAGAGGAUUCUUCAGAAUAUGAAGGCAGAGGAGGCUGCUAAAGAAGCUCAACAGAGAGAGGAAGCGGAUUUGAUGAAGAAGGACGCUUUCCAAGAGCUGAAGAAGCUGGCUUCUGCAUCCUUAAACGAGAAAGCGAAUAAGGUAACUAGUUUCCACUAUUUCAUUACAUCUUUAAGCGGAUUAAAGAUAAAUUGUCAGUAACAAGAAAAUCUCUUUAUGUGGCCACUGGAAAAUAACAUAUUAUAAUUUAUUUGUUGUAUUUUUUUUUAGAGGUUCUCUAGUUAGAAAUAGUAAUUUGUCAACGGUGCAUUGGAAGGUCUGAUUUAAUCUGCUGGCCAUAGGUCGAUUGCCUGCCUGGCUCCUUUGGGAGUAAAUUCCUGUCUGAAAUACUUUGGCGUCUCAUCAGGACAAAAAAAUAUAGAUAUAAAAGGUGUUCUUAGACGCCGGAAGGAAUUUUAUACUUUGCUGAUUUUUUUUUUUCAAAAUAAAGACCUUGUGAUUUUAAAAAUUUGCAGAAAAUAGAAGAGCCACACCCGUCUAAGAGGCCAACUCGGGUUACUAAUGCUGUCAAGCACCGAGGCUUUGUGAAUUAUGAGCGGGAAGGUGUUUCAUACAGAGAUCCAAAUGUACGGAUACAGGAUUGGAAGGAAGUUUCCGAGGAAUCCAAACCCGGUCCGCUUCUUAAGACCCAGUCUGCAAGAUGCAUGGACUGUGGAACUCCCUUCUGUCAUCAGGUGAAUGCUAUACAUUUUGAUGCUCGGUCAUGAUAUAGAUAAUGAAACAUUUAUGAACUCAAUUCUCGGAUAGUCUACAUAUUUGGACUAAGAUUGACCAGAAAGAUGGUCAACUUAGAAAAUUCUCUUUAAUAUUAAACAGUAUGAACUGUUUGAAAGAUAGAGCGUCAAGCUGAGUUGUCGUCUCCAUUGCCACUGGAUUCCCUGCGUGGUUCAAGGUACUUAUUGCUUCUUCUGCUUGAUUUUCAGGACAACUCUGGGUGCCCCCUUGGGAACAAAAUCCCAGAAUUUAAUGAACUAGUUCACCAGGAGAGAUGGCGCGAGGCGCUCGACAGGCUUCUUGAGACGAAUAACUUCCCAGAGUUCACCGGCCGCGUAUGUCCUGCACCCUGCGAAGGCUCAUGCGUUCUUGGGAUCAUUGAGAACCCUGUUUCUAUUAAAAGCAUAGAGUGUUCGAUCAUAGACAAAGCCUUUGAGGAGGGCUGGAUGUUGCCUCGACCUCCUCUGAAGAGGACAGGGUGAGAGCCUUCUCGCCAAUUCCUUUUCCCCUGUUUCCUUUCUUCUCCAUUACCAUCACUGUUUCCUUACUUGUUUUGGGCAUGGAUACAGGAAGAAGGUUGCUAUAGUCGGCAGCGGCCCGGCGGGUUUGGCCGCCGCAGAUCAGUUGAACAAGAUGGGCCAUUCUGUCACCGUCUUUGAGCGCGCUGACCGGAUCGGCGGCCUUAUGAUGUACGGUGUGCCCAACAUGAAAGCGGAUAAAGUUGACAUUGUUCAGCGCCGUGUAAAUCUCAUGGCGGAAGAAGGUGUGAGAUUCGUGGUCAACGCCCAUAUCGGAACGGAUCCUUCGUACUCACUCGACCACCUCCGCUCAGAGAAUGAUGCAAUCAUUUUGGCUUGUGGCGCCACGAAACCGAGGUAUGCAGGAGAGAUUACUCCCUUCCCCUCCUCUCUCUCUCUCUCUCUCUAAUUCACAAAUGGGUUUGAUAUCCUCUGGCAUUCUGAUGGCAUCUCGCUGUCUUUCUUCUGCAGGGACCUUCCUGUUCCUGGGCGGGAAUUCUCGGGGGUGCACUUUGCCAUGGAGUUCCUCCACGCCAACACCAAGAGCCUGCUCGACAGCAAUCUCGACGAUGGAAAGUACAUCUCUGCCAAAGGGAAGAAGGUAGUCGUCAUCGGCGGAGGAGACACGGGCACCGACUGCAUCGGAACCUCCAUCCGCCAUGGCUGCACCAGCGUCGUCAACCUCGAGCUCCUCCCAGAGCCGCCCAUCAAGAGAGCCCCCGGAAACCCCUGGCCGCAGGUUUUUCCUCUCUAGAAUUCCAUAUUUCCUCUUUACCUCCCUCCUUUCUCCCCGUUUCUCAAGAACUCAUUCCCUUUCCUCUGGUUUUUCGCUGCAGUGGCCUCGAAUCUUCCGCGUUGACUACGGCCACCAAGAGGCGGCGACCAAAUUCGGGAAAGACCCGAGAUCUUACGAGGUGCUGACCAAGAGGUUCAUCGGAGACGAGAACGGGGUGGUCAAAGGGCUCGAGGUCGUACGCGUGCACUGGGCCAAGGAUGCCAGCGGGCGGUUCCAGUUCCAAGAAGUUGCAGGGUCUGAAGAGAUCAUUGAAGCCGACCUGGUGCUCCUCGCGAUGGGCUUCCUCGGUCCUGAACAGGUCAGCGAACAAUUCCAUCUCAUUUCCCAGAAAAAAUCUGAUCAUCCAGGAACUGUUCUCCGCUAAUUUCUGUUUGACUUUUGCUGGCAGAAAAUCGCCGACGAGCUGGGGGUGGAGCGGGACAACCGCUCGAACUUCAAAGCUGACUUCGGGCGCUUCUCAACGAACGUUGAGGGGAUCUUCGCCGCCGGUGACUGCCGGAGGGGGCAGUCUCUGGUCGUCUGGGCCAUCGCCGAGGGCCGGCAGGCGGCGUCUCAGGUGGAUCGCUACUUGAAGGACGAAGGCAGCUUGGGCGCCGCCGACAUGGCACAAAAGAUCAGCUGCAAUGGAGACUUGGAAGAUUUGGUCAAGAAUCCGGGCGGCAAGCGCAGAGUAGCUGCUUAG